ACUAUAGUGAUUAGUCGUCAGUUGCUAUGGAAGUGAGACUGAUAACGAAAAGCUCGGUAAAGCUCUUCUCACGUGGAACAGGUAUAUUCUCUUCGACCCAAACACAGCCAGUGUCAGCGCCGUAAUAAACAUGGCCGACAAACAGCAAAGCUUUGAUUACUUUGUGACCGUAGUCUUUCAAACUGCCUUACUGCCUGAUGGUCGAUCUCACCGGAAGGAAAUCGUCGAAGUGAAUGCAGUGGCCGUCCACUCGCUGAAUUUAGACCGCCGAAAAGCCUUUUCUGGAUGUUGCCAUCCGGAACUUGUUGAUUUCACAUUUGGCGAUACGUUGCGAAAGUUCUCGCAAUGGUUGAAUCAGCUGAACGGCUCCUUCAUCUUAGUGACGGAUAAUUACAACGCUUUGGCUUCGGAUUUCAGAAAUCAAUGUUUGAGAUCGGGAUUCGACACGCCACCAUUCGCAACGACGUGGCUGAAUGUCUCCGAAUUUUGGAGACGACGUUAUGGAAACCGGGAACAAGUGACGGUCGAUCACUUACUGGAGCACUUUGGCAAGAAUCGUAUACUGAACAAAGGAAAACGUUCGUCUCAAUGCGACGCUCAAAGUUUAGCUGUUGUGGUAGCUGAAAUUCUCAGAAUUCACCGGACUUUUCCGUUCAAAGCAAACGAAAACUUCGAUGAAAUUUCGAGAACUUCCAUCGUGUAAAGCGUUAUUUGAAAGCUCAAAUUUCACCGCAACAUGUUGCGUUGUUUAUGUCAUUUGUUGUACCAAUGUUGCAGUUGCAGGUCACGUGAAUAUUACUCCAUGUCUAAAUUGUUGUUUGUGAAAUUUCAUUUGACGUCAUGAUCCAAGAUUGCUGUGCGAUGAAAACAAAUCCAUAAAGCUCUAUUAGAUAUCGACCUUUAUGACCGGGACUGUAUCAGCGAUGUUGACUUUACCCGGACAGGUUAAAUGAGGCUGCAUGCAACGAACUCGAGUUUAUAAUACAUUUCACGCUCAACCUAUCGAGUAGCCCGUUCAUUUCUUGCUCUUUUUCUUCCCCUUUUUUUUUCAUUUUUAAAUGGCUUUUCAAAGUUUACUUAUAGAGACGAUCGGAUCGCUAGUUCUUUGCAUAAUUCUAAUUUUUUUUUUCCGACAUCUAUACAGUAAAAUAUACUCAAAAUGUAUAGGGAAGUCGCCAUCCAUGGCUGAUGGUAAUGCUUCUAGUAAUGUCAAUCCCACAAGUCCACAACAACAGAGAGCAGAGCUCUCUCCGCCUCCCUCGUAUGAUGAAGUCUUGUCUGGCGAGAUAUUUGUCAUAAAUAUUGACGAAAAACAUGAUCCUCCAACCUGGUACGUUAAUGAACACCUUCCGACUUAUGACGAAGCUGUUGUGAUGAGCUCUUCUUCAUUGUAAAGUCGGCGGAUUUUGAUUGACUCCUAGAC